AUGCAUGCCCCAGUUGCCUCCAGUCGGCGCUUUGCCGCCCGGCUGUCAGCCCUGCUCCUGGCCCUGGGCGUCUGCGCCAACGUGCUGGCCGUGCCGCUGGUCCCUGGGAGCGACCCCACCGCCGUGCCGGUCCUGAAGCCCCGUCAGAACGCGCCUCAGGAGACUGUGGUGACUGUCACUGUUGCCAAGCCCGGGCCAGUCACGACCAGGAUCAUCACCGAGGAUGGCACCACCCUUACGGGGGUUAUCACUGGUCCCACCAUCUUUCAAACCAGGGUGUCGACGCUUACCCUGAUGCGGACGUCGACCAAGACAUCUACCGCUUUGAGGACGACUACCGGGACGUCUACCAGGAGCACGACCCGUUCCGUUACUAUCACGUCCCGCAUCACCACCAGGAUCGCCGGCGCGCUCAAGACCCUCACUAUCCUGCGCACCACCACGGUGCCCCCGCGCACCACGACGCGCACCCUGACCCAGGUCCGCACCUCGACAGCGCCCACGCGGUCCGUUACGCUGACCUCGCGCAUCACCACGAGGCUGUCUGGUUCCUUGACGACCCUGACCCAGAUCCGCACCACGACGGCCACGGCCACGGCUCGCACCUCUACCGUUACCUCGGUCUCGGGCAUCACGACCACGGCGAGGUUCACGACCAUGGCCGCCGGCCCGACCAGCUCCGUCACCGUGGUCCGGGUCGUCACGGCCGAUGGCACCACGGCGACGGUCACGCAGACGCUCCCGGCCAGCUACUUUAUCGUCACCGAGGAUGGGACCACAGUCACGUCAGUCGUCACGCCUGACUCGGAGACCGUUACGGCUGACCCGGAAACCGUCACGGCCAACGGCACGACCAAGACGGCCACCGAGACGGCCACCGAGACCCUCGCGGCCAACUCCCUAACUGUUACUGAGGACGGCACCACGGUUACUUCUGUUGUCACGGCCGAUCCGCAGACUGCAACGGAGACUGUCACCGCUGGGCAGACGGAGACAGAGACAGUCACCGCCGGUCCACAGGCAGAGACUGAAACCGUCACAGCUGCGCAGACGGAAACCGAGACAGUUACUUUUGGGCAGACGGCAACAGAAACAGUUACCGCCGGUCUGCAGACGGAAACUGAAACGGCCACAGCUGGCCAACAGACAGAGACCCGGACCGUCAUGGCCGAUGCACAAACCGUGACGGAAACCGCCAGCAUGGCGGCUCCGGAAACUGUAACUGUGACUGCUGAUCCGCAAACCACAACGGAAACUGAUGGCGCGGCGGCUGCGGCUGCAGAGACUGUCACUGUUACGGAAACGGCCGGAGCGGCAGCUACGAGUGUAGAGACUGUUACAAUCACAGAGACCGCCGACACAGCAGCGACGGGAGCCGAAACCGUAACAGUCACGGAAACCGCAGGCACAGACGCUUCUGCUGGAGCAGAGACUGUCACCGUCACAGAAACAGCAAGCGCGGCAGCAGCAGCUGCAGAGACUGUGACCAUUACAGAAGCGGAUACUCCAACAACCGCGGCUCCGGAGACUGUCACGAUUACGGAAACCGCGGGAACAGGAUCGGGUGCAGAGACUGUGACUGUUACAGAAACAGAUGCUACGGCAACUGCGGCUCCAGAAACUGUAACCAUCACGGAAGCCGCCGGCACAGCACUUGAAGGCGCAGAGACCGUCACAGUUACAGAAACAGAUGCCACAGCAACUGCGGCUCCAGAAACCGUCACAAUCACGGAAACUGGCACAGCACCUGCAGGUGCAGAGACUGUUACCGUGACGGAAGCCGCAGACACAGCAGCUGUUGGAACAGAGACUGUAACAGUUACAGAAACCGCAGGCGCAGCCUCCGAAACAGCCGCCACUAUAGCUGUGGAUCCGGAAACUGUUACUAUCACGGAGACCGCCGGCACGGCGGCAGCACAGCCGGAAACUGUAACCGUUACGGAAACAGCCGCCACUGCAACUGCAGACCCGGAAACCGUCACCAUCACGGAAACCACCGGCACGGCAGCAGCACAGCCGGAGACUGUCACUGUCACUGAGCCAGCCGGCACGGCAGCAGCAGCGGCAGACGCGGAGACCGUGACGGUCACAGAAACUGGUGAUGGACAGACUGUGACCCUAGCCACUACAACGGAGACGGAUACUGUGACCGCAACAGACUCGGAAUCCGAGGCGACUGUGACGGUCACUGAGGGCGUCGAGACUGUGACAGUUACCCAAAGCGCCGAAACUGUGACUGUCACAGACACUUCAGCAGAUGCCAGCCCGGCGGCAGUGGCUUAUACUGUCACUCAGACCGCCGACACGGUGACAGUUACCGCCACCUCGGCAGAUUUCAGCACGGAAACAAGGAUUUACACCAUCACUCAAGGCGCUGACACGCAGACAUUGACGAUCGCCAGCACGGAAACAAGGGUCUACACCAUCACUCAAAGCGCCGACACCAUAACCAUCACCAGCACCCAGCCCGCUGUUACACAGACUGUCAGCCAGAGCGCCGGCAUCCAGACGGUGACAGUUGCUAGCACGGAAACCGAUGUGUACACCGUGACAGCCGCAGACACACGGCCUGUCAUGACUGAGACCGUCACCGAGAGCGCCAACGCCCAGACGGUUACCAUUACCCAGAGCGCCAACGCGCAGGCCGUCGCCAUGACCAGCACGGAAACCGACGUCUAUACCGUGACAGCCACAUACACGCAGCCCGCCAUCACCCAGACAGUGACCCAAACUGCCAAUGCGCAGACGGUAACCAUGGCCAGCACGGAAAUGCAGGUUUAUACCGUCACGGCCACAGAUGUGCAGCCAGCUGUCACCCAGACGGUGACCCAGACCGCCAGCGCGCAGACUGUGACCAGCACAGGGACCGACGUGCUCACGCUUGUCAGCACUCGGCCAGGCAGCGUCCAGACACAAACCGUGACCCAGGGUCCCGUUAUCCAGACAGUUACCCAGGCCGCAGACGCACAAACGCAGACGGUGACCCAGAGUGCAGAUACCCAAACUCAGACAGUCACCCUGAGCGCCGAUACGGUGACUGUGACGCAAAACGCACCGGCCCAGACCCAGACUGUGACCCAGGGCCCCGUGACUGAAACCAUCACGCAAACGGGCGAUGCCCAAACGCAGACGGUCACUCUGAGCCCUGUUACGCAAACAGUCACCCAAAGUGCAGAUGCCUAG